GCUGUGCAUACUCAUGUCGAGCUCGUGACCUGAGCGGGCCGCACACGGCUGGUUGCGGGUUUAGAAGUCGAUCAUUGAUUACAUACAAUAGGCUGACCUUCCGUGACCGUUGCCUUCCAGACCCCAACAACCACCACACAUCUCCGAUAUCGCAAACAUCGGGCGACUCCUCUGCAGUCGUUCACUCAUUCCACCUUCCACACGCUGUGAGCAGUAUCAACGCUGGCCCGCCGGCAGGAGCGAGACGAGCCUCCACCAGCGCGCCAAUCAACACCUGGCGGAGCAGGCCACAACAGUCUCCAUGCGAAGUCACUACUGACCGCGUCCGCCGAGAUACACUGCCUUGCCUAUCUGGCAAGACUGUUCAAGCCGCCUUAAGCCCCGGUAGUGGCAGAGCGCUACUCUACCUUUCUAAUCCCAUCUACUCUCGAUCACGGCACUGCAGAGACUAAUUAACAGACCUCUUGUGCGCUGGGAACAGCGCAGCGAUUAUGGGCAAUCAGCCAUCAAAGGACGGAAGGAGUAACGGAUCACAAACACCUACAGGCAGCGGACCGAACCUCGACUCAUACCCCUCUUUCAGUAAGUCGGAUACCAAAGAAUCAAUGCGGUCAUUCAGGACUGCGCUGCGGACGAAGAUUCCGGGCGUCAAAUCGUCAGACAGUCCGCGCGCUUCAUCGUCGAACCUCGCGGGUGAUUCUACGACUAGUCUUGUCGACAGGUCGGAUGCGCAAUCAGCCCGAUCCACAUCACGGCGCGGCAGCUUGGUAGAGGAUGCUAGCAACGCGCCAAAGGUCGUCCCGAAAGGGGCGGCCAAGGCUCGUGCCAGCAGUGAGCCCGACUUGGCCCCAAUGGACGACCCACAACCUCCGCCGUCGCCAACCAUGUCUGCAUCGGUGGGUGCGGGACACAGCGAUAUCUCGGCUGCACAAAGGAGCGGAGAGGUUGACGCGGUGUCCGACGCACCUCCCACCGGAGCGGUAGGACCGUCUACAAACAGAGAGCCAGGAGAGUCCAUCUUAAUGAAGAAGAGUCCAGCCUCCACGUCUUCUCAUGGUGCGGCUGCGGCACUGGCUAUCGCGGAUAGUACUGCGACCAGCGAUACGCAGUCGUCGAUGGAGAUCGGUACGCUCAAGCCGGCUGAUCUAGACGAUAUGAUCAAGCGGCUAGUGGACGCUGGAUAUGCCGGCAAAGUUACGAAGACUGUCUGCCUGAAGAACGCCGAGAUCACAGCCGUCUGCCUUGCUGCCCGCGAGGUCUUCCUUUCCCAGCCAUCGCUCCUCGAGCUGUCUCCACCCGUCAAGAUAGUGGGCGAUGUACACGGCCAGUACACCGACCUAAUCCGCAUGUUCGAGAUGUGCGGGUUUCCACCGAACAGCAACUUUCUCUUCCUCGGCGACUACGUCGACCGCGGCAAGCAGUCACUCGAGACCAUCCUACUGCUUCUCUGCUAUAAGCUUCGUUUUCCGGAAAACUUCUUCCUUCUGCGCGGGAACCACGAAUGUGCCAACGUCACACGGGUUUACGGUUUCUACGACGAAUGCAAACGACGUUGUAACAUCAAGGUCUGGAAAACGUUCGUCGACACCUUCAACGCUCUUCCGAUUGCUGCCAUAGUAGCCAGCAAGAUCUUUUGCGUGCACGGUGGUCUCUCCCCAAGCUUGACGCAUAUGGACGACAUCCGCAAUAUUGCGCGUCCGACCGACGUUCCCGAUUACGGAUUGCUGAACGACCUACUCUGGUCCGACCCGGCGGAUAUGGAGUCCGAUUGGGAGGCCAACGAGCGAGGUGUCAGCUACUGUUUCGGGAAGAAAGUAAUCAUGGAGUUUCUCCAGAAGCAUGACUUCGACCUUGUGUGCCGGGCGCACAUGGUUGUCGAGGAUGGAUAUGAGUUCUUCACUGACCGUAUCCUGGUCACGGUGUUCAGUGCGCCGAACUAUUGCGGCGAGUUCGACAACUGGGGCGCGAUUAUGAGUGUGAGCGGCGAGUUGCUUUGUUCAUUUGAACUGCUCAAGCCGCUCGACUCGAGUGCGCUCAAAAGCCACAUCAAGAAGGGACGGAACAAGAGGCAGAACAUGCUCAACUCGCCGCCGGCCAACCAGUACCCACAGAGUUAUUGAGCUAGCCUGGCGGAAUUCAUUCUGGAGCCCGCUAAUACUAAGAACAUGCAAAGCUGUCCGCAACCCGUGCAUCACGGCUUGUUGCAUCAGUUAGGUUGGGAUUUGGCACGGCCGAGAAGAGCAGACGACGAGUCGCGCGAAAGAAUGCUAGCAAGGGUG